AAAGAAGAAUUUAGAGAAAACUGAAAAUUUACGUUAACGUCAUAUUGGUCAGAGAAAGUUCAAAUGAUGUUUUUGGAACAAAACUUUUGAAUUUGCGAAAAUACAUUGAUAUGUCAGGAGAUUUCCGACUUUAUGUAACAAAAAAAUUAUUUAGUGACAAAAUGGAACCUAUUUUAUUGAUACAUGGCGGUGCUGGAGAUAUACCAGAAUCGAGAAUUGCAAAUAAAAUCGCCGGCCUUAAAAAGUCGGUUGAUAUCGGAUUUAAAUUUUUGCAAAAUGGUGGAAACGCAUUGGACGCCGUUGAAGCAGCCGUUAGGUACAUGGAAGAUGACGAAAAUUUUAAUGCAGGUUAUGGUUCGGUUUUGAAUUUAGACGGGGAAGUUGAAAUGGAUGCAAGUAUUAUGGUGGGAUCCAAUCUAGGUGCUGGUGCAGUUACAGUAGUUAAAGAUAUAGCUCAUCCAAUCAGUUUAGCUAGAUUGGUAAUGGAAAAAACUCCCCACGUCCUCUUUGCAGGGGCUGGGGCCAAUAAAUUAGCUGAAGAACAUGGGAUUCCCACUGUAGCACCGGGAAGUUUGGUUACUAAAGCCGCUAAGGACGCUCUUGAACGAUUCAAACGUAAAGGAGGUGAUUUAACUGAAAUUGGUCAUAAGAACCCAGGAGAUGUUGGGACGGUAGGUGCAGUUGCGUUAGAUUGUCAUGGUAAUUUAGCCGCCGCUACUUCGACUGGUGGUAUUAAUGGUAAAAUGGUAGGGAGAAGUAGUGAUACUUGUAUGUUAGGUAGUGGUACAUACGCUGAUAAUGAUUUUGGAGCUGUUUCGACCACUGGACACGGAGAAACAAUUGCUAAAUAUUGUUUGGCGAUUUCUAUUAUAAGAGAAAUGGGAAUAGGAAAAUCAGCGCAAACAGCGACGAAAGAAACUUUGGAGAAUAUGACUAAACGUCUUAAUAAUACUGCAGGUGCGAUAACUUUGUCUAAAAAUGGCGAUCCGGGAAUUUACUUUACAAGUCGUGGAAUGGGUUGGGCUUAUCGGAAAGGAAAUGAAUUACAUUAUGGUAUCAAUCACGACGAACAUGAAAUAGAAUUUUUGAAAAGUUUAUAAACAUAGAGUAAUACAUACUUUGUUUUA